AUCAAGGCAGAACGAAACAUGUAAUAAAAAUUUGGGUGGGGAUUUCGAUGGGAAUUUUCUUCUACCGGCUGACUGGCGAGAGUAAAACGAAAACAAAAUCUCUGCAAGGAAAUGCAGCGCGUGACUUGCCAAUACAUUAGACUAAAGAAGGCGUAAGACUUUUGCAAUUUCAGUGCCAAUAACACUUCUUUCGAGGCGGCAACAUUGAAGUCGAUGAACCGACGAUGCCUUCCAGAGAUUUGGGACUGAGUGACGAAAAUAUUCGUCUGCAGGACUACCGACGCGAUGAUAUACACCACGAUAAGCCACAAAUUGAUUUUCGAAUGCCGAGAUUUCUGACACCAACAAGAACAUCCGAGGUAUCGCCCAUAAAUAAAAUUUCCAUUGACCUGGUCGACCUUGAAGCGAGCCUGAAGGCCUUACUGGAAUCAAAAGGUCUGCUUGACAGGGAUGACACUCUUUCGAAAUCGAAUCUGGCCGAACUGCUGCAAAGCGCCGACGAGUGCAGGAUCAAAGCCCUGCUGGUGUACGCCGCCUACAAGGGAAACGCCGACGCCCUGGGGAAGAUUUUAAAAAAGUGCGUCAACGACGCGGCGCCCACUUACGUGUGCAACAACCUGAACGCGUUGCAAAUCGCCAUCGUGUGCGGCCACAUCAAAUGUAUCGAAGUCAUUCUGCAACCAACCGAGGGGCGCAGAAAUUGGCUCUUGUCCCAAAUCCUCGGCUUCUCGUUGCUGCAGUUUACCAUUUUCCACAAGAACGUGCUAUGUCUGCAAACGGUGAUACACUUUUUGCAAGAGACCGUGAGCCCUAUUGAACUUGUCCAAAUACUGAAUCGUCCGAGUGAGUUCACACCACAUCACACAGCGCUACACAUCGCGGCACUCCAGGACCUUCCAGAGGUUGCCCGAAUGCUGGUGGACCUGGGUGCAAACGUGGACGCCGUCCUUCAGAAGACCAAUCACACACCCCUGCACGUGGCCGCCUUGUCGAAGAGCGUGCGGACCGCCGAGGUCUUAAUCGAAAAGGGCGCCUCAUUGACCGCCCAGUCAUUGGAUCAUUCAUUGACCACCCUGGCCCUGGUCAGCAGCAAAAUCCCGCGCGCUCUCGAGGCCAUGAAACCGAUGCUGGACUCGCGGAUUCGUCUGCAGGAAGAAGGCGACACCAAGAAGUUGGUGUUCGACUUCACCAAAUUACAAAAAUCGCCAAACGAGUUCAAACUGUCGGUGCUGAGUUGUUUCGUGACGUGCGAGCAGAGCAAAUUUCUGCAACACCCUCUUUGCCAAGUGCUGCUGGACAGGAACUGGGAGCGCGUGAGGACGUGGUUUUUCCUGCGGCUGAUUUUGUGCAUCAUCCUGCUCCUCAGCAUGACAAUUUACAUUGUCGCUUUCCACACCGGACGAUGCUCGCCACCAGAACCACGGUUCAAUGCUUCUUCAAUAUCCUGCCCGGGGAAUGGAACCAUUUUUGAAAACGUGAACAGCAGUCCCGGUCUGCAAAUCCUGCUGGACAUUGCCUACUGCCUAGUUGUGCCCCUGACCAUAAUCGACAUAAUCAGAAAACUGGCCGGCUUCUUCUCCUUCGCCAACAGCCCGUCCACGCCGACCAUUCUGCGCACCAUCAUCCGUUACCUGAAGCAAUUUGAGAACUACUUUGAGUGGUUUUCUCUGAUCGCCACGCUCUACCUGUUCUACUCAAGCCCGACGCCUCAAUCGUGGCACGAUCGUUUGGCCCCCCUGGUGGUUUUGAUUGCCUGGGCCAAUUUCAUGAUUCUGCUGGGCCAACUGCCCUGGUUCGGCGUUUAUGUCGAAAUGUACCUGUCCGUGCUGAAAGAGUUCGUCAAACUGCUGAUGGCCUACAUUUGUCUUCUAAUUGGCUACGCCAUCAGCUUUUACAUGAUUUUCAAAAGUAAAGAGCCCUUCUCGAAUCCUCUGAAGGCCAUUUGGAAGACACUGGCAAUGAUGAUCGGAGAACUUGAGUACAACGACCUCUUUGACAACACCACCGCGGACAUGGAGCUUUUGUCCUCGGUGGCCGUUCAGAUCGUGUUCAUCGGGUUCAUCUUCACCAUUGCGAUUGUCCUGAUGAAUCUCCUGGUCGGUAUUGUGGUCCACGACGUGAACGAAAUCAAACAAUCAGCCCUGGCCACCAAGCUGAAGAGAAAAGUUGACCUGGUUGAGUAUUUGGAAACAACUUCAGGUAACAUUGUCUACGUGAUUUCGACGGCUAUCUGCAUAGGGCGGCAGGUCACCUGUUACGACCGUCUGAGGAAAUGUUACGACCGCAAGAGAGGGGUGCACGUGGACGCGGAAGGGGCGGCGGACGAGGGUACUUUCAUCGUCACCUACACGCAGCCCAAGCAACAGGACUUCGACUCCGAGGCUUUGUGUGACGCCCUCAAGAUUGCACAGGAGAACAAGGAACUGACCAGCCUGGGCAUGGACGUGACGGACAACGUUGAUGGCACAAUUAACUACAAGCGAACGUCGGACAAUUUGCACAUUAGGUUCCGCAGAAACAACGCGAAAAUUGUCCAACUCACCGCUGAACUGAAUCAGCUCGUCAAAGAUAACAAUGAAAUUGCCCUGAAAUUGAAAAGGUAGUUUUAUUCAUGGGCAAUUAUUAAGAAAUUAUAAAAAAACGUUUCAGAUUUGUGCUUUAUUUUUUUUAAGCGGAAAAAAAUUAUAUUUUAUAUAGACUUGUUAAUGCUUAAAAAGCAAUCAAUAAUCAAAUUAAUUUGUUAAUAUUUGAAAAUUAAGCAAAUUGAUCUAUUUAUUUUUAAUGAUAACAUAUAAAUUUUAAUAAUUCUUGCGUCACAAAAUUAAAUAUCGGAGAAUAUAUAAAAUAUAAAAUCCUGUUUUUGAAGUGCAUUUGAGAUAAAUAGAAAUGCAUUUAUAAAACUAUAUUUAAAAAAUGAGAAAAUCUGAUGUGAUGUAAAAUAAAAAAUGUUAGCGUUAUAUUCAAUUUACAGCAAUAAUUCUGCGCUAGUACUGAAAUUAUUGUGCAGUUAAAAUCCACGGACUUAUAAAAAAAGCUAUGAACCCUGAAUUAAGCAUUUUUAAAAGAGAUAUAAUUUCUGCACAAACUAUUUAAAAAUAGAUUAUAAUACUUAUGCAAUGUACUUGAUUAAAAUUAUGUAUUAAGUGUUUUAGAAUCUACAGAAAUUUAAAAAUAAAAAAUGGUUAAAUAAUGU